UGAAAAGUGAAAAAAAGAAAAAGAAAAGAUUAUAAGUAUGUGUCCGUCAAUGCCGCUUCCAUACACACAAACAAAAACAAAUCGGAAAAUCUCAUCUCCGCCGAAUUUCCCAACGAAUCAGCCACCCGAUUCUUCCGAAUCAUGUCCAUGGGUUUUGAAACAUAUGAAAUAUGUUGCUAAUUGCAUAAACCUGAAGGAGAUUCAAGUUUGUGUAUAAUAUGGAGCUUGAUUUGAAUCAGGAGCCUAUGGAUCAAACUAGUAGCAGUACAUCAGUAGUUGCAUUUGAUUCUGUAUUGGAAGAAUUGGAAGUGGCGGAGGAAAAUAUACGGAAUCGAAUUGUACAUCUCGAAGCAAUUACUUCGAGAGCGAGGCAGCGUCAGAGGUUGGCGAGGGUGCAGACUCCGAUUCAGAUAACCAAUUUUACAGGAGAAGCAGCAAUUGCAGAUGGUGUUCAAGUUGAAGAAGGAAGGGUGGAGGUGGAGCAGAAUGUUGUUGAGGAAAGAGUAGUUGAGAGUGUGAAAGGGGGAAAAAGGAAAAGUGCUCAUUUAGUUGCCAAAGCUUUGGGGAUUGAAGAGAUUGAUGACGGUAAAAUGGAGGAGAGUAGUGGGAAUUUUUUUGAUUGUAAUAUAUGUUUGGAUAUUGCAAGAGAUCCUGUUUUGACAUGUUGUGGUCAUUUGUUUUGUUGGCCGUGUUUUUAUCAGUUGUCGUAUGUGUAUUCGAAAGCGAAGGAAUGUCCUGUUUGUAAAGGAGAGGUUACUGAAUCGGGUAUUAUUCCGAUUUAUGGGAAUGGAAAUGGCGGUGGUGAUCGUCAGAUGGAAAUGAAAGAAGCCGGUUUAAGGGUUCCUCCUCGACCUAAGGCACCUAGAGUUGAGAGUCUUAGACAAAAGUUGAUAAGCCGAGGAGUGUCUUCUUCUUCUUCUAUUGUACAAAGCCUUCGACGGUUUCAUAACCGAAUUGGUGGAUUUGGAGAGCAAGUUCAGUUGGAAAGUUCUAAUACAACAGCUGAUAGAAAUAAUGGUUUGCCGACUUUGCUCGAUCAAUCUCGCACGCAGACAGAUGAUAAUAAUCAACAUGCUGGUUCUGAACAGGUGUCAAGGUUGCUGGGGCAAGGAGCUUCUUCAUUUUCGACGCUUUCAACAGCAUUGAAUUCGGCAAUGGAUUCUGCAGAAAGAUUAGUUCAGGACCUUGAAUCAUAUAUUCAUGGUCGCAGAAUAGGAGGAAGCAGAGAGCAACAUCCUCGUGUUGUUAAUAGAAGUUCAAACGGGUCAGAGAGUCGUGCUCAAGAUGUUGUUGCCGUGACCAAUUCUGCAGCUGCAGCAGCUUCUGUGUCUCCUUUAUCUAGUAAUGUUGACAAUAUUGCUGCUAUAGGUUCAGAAACUCAAACAACUGAUAGAAACGUUCAGAUUAGUCCGCCAGACCCUUCUUCAUCAAAUGGCAGACGAAGAAAUGCCGUUUCAGUACAAGUUUUAAAUGAACCAACAAGAAGAAGACGUAGAAGAAGAUUGAGAUGACGGUCUUUUAUGUAAGGGUAUAUGCGUUAUAUUCAUCACAGGUUCCUCCUUUAUAUGCAUGCAUAUUGCAAUUUGUAUGUCAUACACAACUUCCAUUCUGUCUAAAACAAACUUGUUAUCUUAGUUAUGUUAUGUAUAUAUAGCAAAUUUUCUUCAAUAGUUGUAAGGACUAAGGAUAUUUGCCUGUUUGGAUUGACUUAUUUGAGCUUAUCUUUUGGCAUAGUUACUUUGUGAGACUGUUUGAUAUUGCUUAUGGAAACAACUUGUAACAUGUUGAUAAGCUGUUUUUAGCUUAGUUUUCAAUGAUAGCAAAUGAAAACAGUUUAUAACUUAUAUGAAGAUAGUUUGAUUUUA